CGCCACUUUUUGUGGCUUUUUUCAGACUGUUUAGGUCUAUCGGUCAGUGCUGAAGCUCCGCGCGAACUGUGUAUAUCAUUCACAUAUAUCGCACUUAAAAUAACAAAAAAAGCGAAGUUACCGGUUUGGUAUUUUUGUUGACAUCUACAACAUAUGGAUCGUCAGCGCUUUGUUUUUAAAACGGGCUAAACCGUCUCUGUUUAGUAGGAAAUAAAUCAGCAGAGCUAGCUGAAGUAGCAGACAGCGUCAGUGGAGGCUCGAAUAACCGGAGGAGUAGCUUUUACUCGUUGGAUGUCACUACGUUAGAUCCACUGUCAGCUAACGCGUCCAACAGCAUAUUCCGCACUCGGUCGCGGUGUAAAACGGUUUUUUCAAACAAUCAGAACGCUCUGCUCAAGCUGUCGUUUAUGGGAUCACCAUGUCCAUGAAGCCGCAGGCCGGUGGUAAUCGCAAACCCGGCGGAAGCACCAGCGGAGCCGCAGCGGCCUCCGGUACCGGGGGAGCAGGAGGAGGCGUCGGACGCCAGAACAUAGGAAGAGGACGCAACAAUGCCAAAGGACCCUCCAAUGCAGUGGCCUUUAGUGGGGUUUAUGCAAACAUGAGAAUGGUUCAUGUUUUGACCUCAGUUGUGGGAACCAAAUGUGAACUUAAGGUUAAAAAUGGACUGAUCUAUGAAGGAGUUUUUAAGACCUAUGGCCCAGAGUGUGACAUUGUCCUGGAUGCUGCGCACAGGAAGAGUGUAGACCCCAGUGUGGGCCCUCGCCGUGAGGAUAUUGUGGAGAGCAUUAUCUUCAAGUCCUCAGAUGUAGUGGUAGUUCACUUCAAAGAUGUGGACCUCAGCUAUGCCAAGAAAGGUGAGACCUUUUUUCAGAGAAAUGUCUAUGCUUUGUCCUUGCUUCCUUAAUUGGUUCCUUUAAAGGUUUAAGCUUUGAAAAGAUGUAGUAUAGAUACUGUAUAGGUACAAACUGCCAAUUCAAGAACACAAACAGCAGGAAAACUGAUCCGUUUACUGACAUCACAACAAAUAGCUUAAUAUCUUGAAUAUAAAGUUUUGUUUAUAAUUCUACACAUUGCAAAGUGUGACUUAAAAUGGAGCUUUGUGUUGGCAUUAACCAACAGAACACUUUUUCAAGAUGUUACGUCAAGAUGUUUUUUAUUGCCAAACUAGUGCCAUCUAUUAUAUU